AUGGAAGGAGCCUGUGCGGGGCCAGCCAAGGAGAGGAAGAACCACGCCAACCCCCGGGAGCUGGCGCACACCUUUGAGCUGCUGUCCCGGCUGCACCGCCUGCUGCCCAACCAGCUGCUGGAGCAGCUGCACGCCUGCAGGAGCGCCGAGGACAAGCGCAAGUGUGACGAUCCCGAAUUCUCCACCUUAGAAAGGAUCCUGGUGAGGCAUGACUUCCCAAAAGCCAUCAGUCUGUCCCCAAAGCCCAGCUACAUGUCCCCGUGGAGAAGAAAGGCCUUGAACAACCCCAACAAGAUGUGUGUGGGGAAGAGCUCCAGGCUGUGGAGGGUCUCUGAGGAGCCCCCGAUGCACACCAUCAUUGUGAGGUGGCUCAGCACCCUGGGGUCGCAGGGGAGCCUGCCGUCGGCCAUCCAGUGGCUGUCCAUGUUCGGGCCCAUCCGCUCGGUGCGCAGGUACGGCCGCGACAGCGCCGUGGUGGUGUUCGAGGACCUGAGCUCGGCCUGCCGGGCCAUGAGCGCCUUCCAGAACCACGUCCCCGACAGAGGCCUCCUGUGCGCCUGGCACCGGCUCUUCAUGAACAGAGACAGGGUCACGGGGGCCGGGGGGGACAGACGGAUGGACGGACGGACGGACGGACGAGCAGGGCUGUUUAUUUAG